UCCCAGAAUGCCCCGCCGCGAGUACAGUUGCAGUUCACAGUUCACAACAUUACAGUAAAAAUAGGAUAUUCGCUGCCAGCCGCUUAUGUGCUAAACGGCAAAAACCGGCAACUUGGCGACCGGAGAACGCGUCACUCGGUUCCCACCACACCGACAACCGGGCCAGAACCCCGAAAAAUGGGUCUGAGCUGAGCGGUGCACCCUUCCUUUCUUUCCUGUGUUGUCGUCGGAUUUACAAGCGACGGCUGGCUGGCUGGGUGCUAACGCUAGCACGCUAGCUCUCCGAGAAGAGCAGACACGGCAACAACGGCUGUCCGCCUGCCACCGUCCCCGGGCUGGUUCUCUCCGCCGCCGCCUCGGCCGCAGCAGCAGCAGCUAUGUUCGUGCAGGAGGAGAAGAUAUUCGCCGGCAAAGUGUUGAAAAUACACAUCUGCACGAUGGACGGCACGGAGUGGCUAGAGGAGGUCACGGAAGACACCACUGUUGAAAAACUGAAGGAGAGGUGCUUGAAACAUCAUGUUCAUGGAACUCUAGAAGACCCCAAAACACUUACCCAUCAUAAACUUAUACACGCUGCUACAGAAAGAGUCCUCACCGACACCAAAACUAUCGCUGAUGAAAACCUUAAAGACAAAGAUGUUUUGCUGCUCAUAAAGAAAAGACCGCCGCCAACCCCUCCCAAGAUGGCAGAUGUUAGUUCAGAUGAAAAGAAGAAACAAGAUACCAAAGCUCCAGAUAAAGAUACUAUCCUGAAGGCUACUGCCAGCCUGUCCACACGGCACACUGAGCGCACUGUUACGCAGCACAACAUCAGAGAUUUUCAAACGGAGCUUAGAAAAAUCCUGGUUUCUCUUAUUGAAGUUGCACAGAAGCUUCUUGCCUUGAACCCCGAUGCUGUUGAACUCUUCAAAAAGGCCAACGCAAUGUUAGAUGAAGAUGAGGAGGAUCAUGUGGAUGAAACGGCCCUCCAGCAGCUCACUGAGAUGGGUUUCCCUGAGAGCAGAGCCAUCAAAGCACUUAGACUCUGCCACAUGUCGGUAACCCAGGCCAUGGAGUGGCUGAUCGAACACAUAGAUGACCCCACUGUGGAUGCACCACUACCGGGACAGGACUCCUCCGGGGCAUCAGGGGCCGCAGCAGCGACGAUAACGGGCCCCUCGGCUUCAGCCUCCGCUUCAGCUAACAUUCUUUCCAACCUCUCAAGGCAAUCGAGCUCCGACGAGAGCAGCCGGCAGGACGAACUCACAGAGAUCUUCAAGAGAAUACGCAGGAAAAGGGAGUUCAGGCCAGACUCCAGGGCUGUGAUUGCAUUGAUGGAGAUGGGCUUUGAUGAAAAGGAGGUGAUUGAUGCUCUCAGAGUGAAUAAUAACCAACAAGAUGCAGCGUGCGAGUGGCUGCUGGGAGACAGGAAACCAUCUCCAGAAGAUCUAGAUAAAGGCAUCGACACCAACAGCCCUCUGUUUCAAGCGAUUCUGGAAAACCCUGUGGUCCAGUUGGGUCUAACGAAUCCCAAGACUCUGCUAGCGUUUGAAGACAUGCUGGAGAAUCCUCUGAACAGCACCCAGUGGAUGAACGACCCUGAGACCGGCCCGGUCAUGCUCCAAAUAUCCAGAAUCUUCCAGACCCUCAAUCGCACAUAGAGCCUCCUGAUUACCCUCGUGUGAUUGUUGCAGCUUGUGUGUAUGUAUGAUCAUACCAGGAAAUGUGUGUAUGGAUGUGACACAAAUAGAGUUUACUGGGGUUUUUUUUUCUUUUUUUCUGCCUUGUAAAGAAAAAGCCAGAGGAGUUAAAAGUUUGAAUUAAAAUGUUACACUAUUUAUAACAAUACAGUAAAACGCCUAUACAAAACAAAUGUUAUUAUUCUUAUUAUUAUUAUUACAGUGGUAAUAUAAAUUGAGAUUUAAUAUGUUGUUUUUACAUAAGAACAAUUUACAGAUAUGACAGACAUGAUUUAUUUUAUAUCAUUUCUCCAUGUAAAGAAAUUACAUCAGGCAUCAAUUUAAUGUUUACACUUUAAAGAACAGUUUUUGUAUGAUUUGCAAUAUUUAAAUAUAACAGUCUUCUCUGUUUCUUUAAAA